GGCUCUCUCGCAUGUCAUGUGUAGGCCGACUUGGCCCCGCCCACCCCGGCUGACGGGGGCCGGGGGGGGGCUUUGCUGCGGAGUUGAAGCGCGACAGCCGGGAGAGCGCAGCGCAACAGCGACUUGGCCGCUCUGCAACUUUGAUGACAGGAUCUUCGGAGGGAGGGAGCCGUCGAUGAGCGCCUUGCAAGUGCCUUGCUGCUGAAUUUUUGGGAGUCCGUGCUCAAGCUGCGGCUCGCCGGAUCACCAUGAAGUUCCUGGUUUGCGUGUUGGCGGUGGUCGUAGCGCUGAGCCAUUCAAGCCACGCAGGACCCAAUAUUGACGAGCCGUGCAACGGUUUGGACUGCAGCAGAGGAUGCAGGUGCAACCCGGAAAAGGGAGCCAGGGGUCGUCCAGGGCCUCUCGGAGAUGUGGGCCCGAGUGGGCCGGAGGGGCCCCGCGGCAACCCGGGGCCUUCGGGGCCAAAAGGAGAGAAAGGUCACAUCGGUUUGAAAGGACCGUCCGGUCCCAAAGGAGACAAAGGACCGAUGGGAGUACCUGGAUUUCAAGGAAAUGACGGCGUCCCUGGUCACACUGGUCAGCAGGGUAGCAGAGGACCAGCAGGACUGGAUGGCUGUAAUGGGACAAGAGGGGAACCAGGAUAUCCAGGCUUUGGCACGGGAGCACCCGGGAAUCCCGGAUUUGCAGGACCUAUCGGGCCAAAGGGUCAAAAAGGCGAACCGCGAUACAUCACGGAUGGCGGCGUGGCUAAUUUACCUGGUCUCCCGGGGGAAGACGGGCGACCUGGCACCAGAGGUCCCGCCGGUCCAGUCGGGUUCCCCGGCCCACCUGGGCCCGAGGGAUAUCCCGGCCCACCUGGUCCUCCCGGUCCACCGGGACCAAUGGGGAGUCGCAGCGACGGGUAUCAAGGCGAGAAAGGAGACAAGGGUGACCUAGGUAUUCCGGGACCGAGUGGAACUCCAGGUGAUGGGUCUCUAAGAAGCGAGCAAACGCUCACUAUCUACAAAGGAGAUAAGGGAGAACCAGGAUUCAAGGGGGUCCGUGGAUUCCCUGGAAACCGUGGUCCACCGAGCCCUUUUGGUUUCCGCGGAGAAUUGGGAGAGAAAGGAGUACCAGGAUUCCCAGGGGCAAGAGGUCUUCCUGGUUUCAACGGGCCUCCCGGUGUACCUGGACAACAGGGAUUCAGAGGGACUCCAGGAUUCCCUGGGCAACCAGGAUUCAGCGGAGCCAAGGGAGACCAGGGAGAACCUGGACUACCCGGACCUCCUGCCUAUGUCACCGGUCCAAGUGCUGCCGUUCAAGGACCACCAGGUGAUCCCGGUUUUAACGGGCUACCAGGCACACCCGGUGACCCUGGACCUCCAGGAUUUCCCGGCCCACCGGGACUACCGGGACGCGGCGGGUUUGAUUCGGGUGGUCCCAGCCGCUCCGGUUUUCCUGGGGCUCCGGGCCCAAAGGGAGAGAAAGGCAGCCCUGGCAUACCCGGCUAUGGAAUCGAAGGACUCCCGGGCUCCCCCGGACUUCCCGGAAUCCAGGGACCUCCUGGACUCCCUGGAACUGAUGGUACCCCUGGCCGACCCAAUGAGCCCUGCGUCAUCUAUACCCCUGGGGAGAGGCCCAAUGUUCUGCCAGGGGUCCCGGGGCUGCCCGGUCCUCGAGGGCCGCCGGGAGAGUCCGGAUAUAAAGGCUUCCGAGGGGAUCCCGGCGACUGCAACUGUAUCGGAGGUGGUACCGCGGGGUCGCCCGGGUCUCCCGGGUCUCCGGGCGCCGACGGCAGCCCUGGCUUCUCCGGAUCCAAGGGCGAGCCGGGUGAUGCCGGCUCACCUGGAUUUGCUGGUGUUCAGGGACCUCCCGGCCGUGCCGGUGAAAGCGGUUUCUUUGGACGGAAGGGAGAAAAGGGGGCGUCUUACUACAUCGAUUUUGGUUUUGGAGGGAAGGGAGAGCUCGGAGCUACUGGACCUCGUGGGCCUACUGGAGAAACGGGAAACCCGGGCAGGGACGGGUCACCAGGCUUCCCUGGACCCCCUGGACCUCCAGGGGACGCUGGAUUCAGCACGCGUGGAGAAAAAGGUUUCCCAGGGUUCCCUGGGUUAAAGGGUCGGUCCGGAGCGCCCGGAGAGCCCGGCCCAGGAUUUGCGGGUACACCUGGUUUCCGGGGAGAACCCGGAGAACCUGGUUUACCGGGACUGCCUGGACAACCAGGUUUACCUGGACCCAGAGGUGAAAACGGCUGCGAAGAACUAAUUGACAGCCAAGAGGGAACGGGCCGAGUGCUACCCUGCACCGUACCCGGUGAGGUCGGACUGCCUGGUUUUCCUGGUGUACCUGGACGGCCAGGUCCAAAAGGUCAGCCGGGCUUGCCCGGAGGCCCUGGACGUCCAGGAUUUGACGGUGCCAAAGGAGAAAGAGGAGAUCCCGGCUUUGGUGGACAGCCUGGACCGCAAGGUUUCCCCGGACCCAGAGGGGACUCCGGAGUUCCCGGCAUUCCAGGACAGAACUUUGACGGGGUCAGAGGGAAGGACGGUGUCCCGGGACGCCCCGGAGCCAAAGGCCAGCCCGGAGAAGUCCUGGGUGCCACAGCGGGACCUCCGGGACGGGACGGUUUCCCCGGAGCCCCUGGGGACAAGGGCCAACCGGGGACACCGGGAGGGCCCGGAUCACCCGGUUUCGAGGGACGCUCAGGUGUUCCUGGACUUAGGGGCGAACGUGGAGUCGACGGGUUUCCUGGACUUCCCGGUCCUCCCGGACUACCGGGAGAUCCGACCAUUACAGUCCCGGGUCCUCCGGGAAUUGACGGCAGCAAGGGUUUAAGCGGCUCGCCAGGUUUUCCUGGGCGAAAGGGAGACAGAGGAGACCCAGGUUUCUCAGGGCCUGCAGGUAGAAAGGGCGCUCCAGGGUUACCCGGUACCCCAGGCUUACCAGGGCCAAGGGGCCCACCGGGACUUGCGGGACCAGGAACAAGGGAGGGAUUGCCAGGAAUCCCGGGAAGGAAGGGCGAGCGAGGUUUCGCAGGCGUUACAGGCUUCCCCGGUCAACGGGGCCGACCUGGAAAUCCAGGAUUUUCUGGGGCAAAAGGACUGCCUGGGGAUCCUGGACGAAAUGGGCUCUCCGGAGGGGCGCCCGGCUACACCGGACAGAAAGGUGAGCAAGGGUCACGUGGUCCACCCGGCCCUGCAGGGGUACUGCGGCCUGUAGCCAAAGGCGACCCUGGAACCCCUGGAGGCAUUGGCCUUCCUGGCUUCCCAGGACCAAGAGGUGACAAAGGUUUUCCAGGCUCGCCGGGGCGCCAGGGUCUGCCUGGAGUUCCGGGUUUUGCCGAACAGAGCAAAGGGCUGCCGGGAGUGCCGGGUUUCCCCGGGCAGCCAGGAUUUCCUGGUGGCCCCGGUCCGAAAGGUGAACCCGGAAUCCUGGGAUUCCCCGGAUCGACAGGACCGAGGGGAGAUGACGGCUUACCCGGUAUCCCCGGCAACCCCGGGCAGCCGGGUCGUCCUGGUGGCAAAGGUCUACCUGGAGAGUCCUAUGGCUUUCCUGGCGCUCCUGGAUUUAAAGGCCAGCCUGGAGAUUCAGGAUUUUCAGGUGGGCGUGGCAACAAUGGCGCUCCUGGUGAUGAUGGCUUUCCAGGAAGUCCUGGUUUCCCUGGAGUCAAGGGAGCACCCGGAGAACCUGGAGGGCCUGGGAUAACGGGUUCACCUGGUUACCCAGGACAAAAAGGUCAGUCUGGCUUUCCCGGAAGAAGUGGAGCAGACGGAACCCCAGGUUUGCCCGGAGGCCCCGGUGGUCCUGGAGCUAAAGGUCUUCCGGGAUCUCCCGGUUUGGACGGACUCAACGGUCUCCGUGGACCAAAAGGCCUGGCUGGGACGCCCGGGGCGAGUGCCGGAACACGACAGGGUAUCCCGGGUAUACCAGGGUUGAAAGGCGAGAGAGGAGUCUCCUACCCAGGAGUGCCAGGUUUCCCAGGACUGAAAGGAGAGAGAGGAGAGCCGGGCGGUCCCGGACUCACAGGAUUUCCAGGUCGACCCGGACUCCCUGGUGGGUCACUUGGCUCAAACAUCCCAGGCCCAGUGGGAGAUCCCGGCCUACCAGGACUGGAUGGAGAGUACGGUUUGACUGGCCCUCCGGGUCUUCCUGGACCACCCGGUCCAGGCACGGACCAGGGUGAUAGAGGGGAUCCUGGCAUCCCGGGCUUCCCCGGAACCCCCGGAAGGAAAGGAGAGCCGGGAAUACCUGGAGGACUCGGACUCUCUGGCAGUCCUGGCUUCAAAGGACAACAAGGGGAGAGUGGAUUCGGCGGUGCUCCUGGUCUUAAAGGUUUUACUGGUGAGCCUGGCUAUUACGGACGUAAAGGAGCCAAGGGCUUCCGAGGUCUUGCGGGUCCUAAGGGUCGCCCCGGUAUCACAAUCCCCAGGGCACCUCCAGAUUUUGGGCCAGCCAUGGGAGAUGUCGGUCCUCCAGGUCAACCUGGAAGCCCUGGUUUCCCUGGAGGGCCCGGUCAGCCUGGGGUGCCUGGACGCCCAGGUCCGAAGGGACGUCCUGGAUCUGUUGGUAAACUGGGCCGCACCGGUUCCGUUGGUCAGCCUGGAGCCAUUGGUGACCCCGGCCCUCCUGGAUUCCCUGGAUCCACCGGAGAACAAGGCCCUCCUGGCGCCUCCGGUCGGCCCGGCAACCCCGGCUCGGUGGGCCGCAGCAUCGGUAUCGGCUACACUCUGGUGAAGCACAGCCAGAAUGCGCAGAUUCCUAUGUGUCCUCAGGGCAUGGCCAAACUGUGGGACGGGUACAGCUUGCUUUACGUGGAGGGUCAAGAGAAGGCGCACAACCAGGACCUCGGCCAGCCGGGGUCUUGCCUCCCCAGGUUCAGCACCAUCCCAUUCCUUUACUGCUCCCCCAACGAGGUGUGCUACUACGCUAGCCGUAACGACAAAUCUUACUGGCUCUCCACUACCGCUCCCAUUCCCAUGAUGCCCGUGGCCCAAAGUCAGAUUCGGCCUUACAUCAGCAGAUGUGCAGUGUGCGAGGCGCCAUCACAGGCGGUGUCGGUCCACAGUCAAGACAUGACCAUCCCUAACUGCCCCCCUGGCUGGAGGAGUCUCUGGAUAGGCUACUCCUUCCUCAUGCACACAGCGGCAGGGGCUGAGGGUGGCGGCCAGUCCCUGGUGUCCCCUGGUUCUUGCCUGGAGGAUUUCCGGGCCACCCCGUUCAUCGAGUGCAACGGCGCCAAGGGGACGUGCCAUUACUUCGCCAACAAGUACAGCUUCUGGCUGACUACUGUCGAUCCCAACCUCGAGUUUGUCUACUCGCCGGUGGCGGAAACCCUGAAGGGAGGCCAAGAGCGCUCCAAAGUCAGUCGCUGCCAAGUGUGCAGCAAGCUCUUGUAGGGAAAAGGACGGCGGGGAGCAAAUAAAGAGGAAUCGACGGGAAAAGCGAGAACAUUCGACUGAACAUUAGCCUCCUCUGCUUCACAACAGUUGUCCUUUCCAGUGUGAUUUUUGAUGAAAUGAUGAAAGAGAGAAGCCUUGCGCUCUCUAGAUUAUCACUGACCAUGGUGCUAUGUGUUUCCUGUUCUACAUAUUUUUCUCAUUGGAGGCGGAAAUCAUUCGGGGCUACCUCAGAGCGUACCCAAGCUUCCGCAAAUGCGCCGUACCGCGCUAGGUGCUAGCCUCUGCGUCGUCACGUGACCAAUGCUAACCUCCCAAUUGGUUUCUGAGCUAAUUUAACUCGCUAAAAGCACCGACAAUUCUUGUUACAAUAACAAUUGAGUUGUAACUUGGAUUGUGUGAGUGCCUUGUUGUUGUGUUUCUUCUUCUCACUGGUGCUAUCAAUGAAAGCGGCACUUUCCCAUAAAUUCCUCACCAGGGCAAACCGACUUGAGUGAGGCCAACUUACAUAUAUUUUGCACUGACAAUGUUUUGGAAUAAGAGCAAGCAAACCACUUCCUGACAUGUAAAGCCUUUGUUAUUAAACUUAAAUUGUAAUCCAACAAAACACCUGCUUGUCUGAUAGAAUGUUAAAUAUUCCUGUAUAUAGUUAUCGCUGCAUUUCCCCCUUUACUAAUGCUAUUAGUGCUUUAUUGUUUGGUUUUAUUUCCCGAUCAUUUAUUUGUGUUUGGAUGGAAUGAGUUUUUGCUUUCAGUUUCUUCGGGACAGACUGCUGACCUCUGUAAUAUAUACAUUACGAAUAAAGCAGAUUCCCCAAUUGGCCAAAGGUUGUAACCACUAAGAUGUCUAAAGCUCUAUAUUUGUCUUUUUUUGUCAACUAAAGUCUCAUUAUUUUACCUGAGUGAUACUACCCAUUGUUUUUAUUUACUGGGAAAGGAGGGAUCUGCUUGUCAAUGUCAAUAAAACAAUGUUUGGUGUUGUCCAUUGACCAAAUGUAACAUCACAUUCAUGUUCAUUGUCGAAUGUGUACAAUCAGCGCCACCUGAUGACAAAAGUAUAUUAUUUUUAAUAAUUCUGCAUCCUUCCAGUUCAUUCUCUUACAGUAAGAGUAUGGAAAAAUAUCACUGAACAAAACAAAAAAACGAGAACUGAAUCGUCUCCCGAUUAAAAAUUUGAUCAUUUUUUUAAAAUGAUACAAAAUAAGAAUACAAUUACAUUGUUAUGCUAUUGCUGUACUGUACCAAUAUUUGCUCCCUUUAUCACAUUUGGGCUCAAUAAAGUU